UUUUUGUCUUCAGUGUAUCUGUAGUUUAAUAAAAAACACAGGAUUUGGCAAAGACUCCUACUCCCUGCAUUCAUUGGGAGAGUUAGGUAACAGCACCAAACAAGCAUGUCCGACCCGUUCUAAUUAUACCAAAGUGAUCCGACCUGAUUGUUGUCUGGCGCGGAACCUAGUGGGAAAUAACACUGUCUGAAACUAAUGAGAAGAUCGACUGUAUUUGAAUAAGGUGUGUGCUUCUGCGUGCCACCAGCAGAGAUGAGUUACGCCAUGCAGCUGUUGAUUCACCGUGGGGAUUUCUGUCAUGGCCACACGCUGAUCCCCCUGGCCCUCCGGUCCCUUCUCCGCACGCUGAGUUCUGGUCCCCGUGUGAGCCACAGCCUUCGGGAGAGCUACCAGCUGCUACAGCUUGAGCUUCCGGAUGAGGGCGAGAGUAGCCCUGCGCAGGUGAAAGAAGCCUACCUACGCAUGGCCAAGCUGUACCAUCCAGACUCGGGCGCUGCUACGGCAGACGAGGUGCUGUUUGCGCGGGUAGAGGAGGCAUACCGCGCCGUGCUGGCACACCAGUCCCGGCUUCAGAACUGUGGGGGUUCGAUGGAAGACGAGGAGGAGAAGGUGAAAGGCGUGGCUCCUCAGCACCGCCAGUACCUGAGCUACGAGGGCGUGGGCUCUGGGACGCCUAGCCAGCGCGAGCGCCAAUACCGGCAAUUCCGAGUGGAUCGGGCGGUGGAGCAGGUCCUCGACUACCGCCAGAAGGAGCAUGAGACGGCGGCUGCAGCCGAGGGGGCGCUGGUGGAGAGGGACGUCCGCCAGCGCAGCCGGCAGAUCAAGGUCACGCAGGCAGUGGAGAGGCUGGUGGAAGACCUCAUUCAGGAAUCCAUGUCCCGGGGAGACUUCCGCAACCUGAGUGGCGCCGGGAAGCCCAUCAACAAGUUUGAGCACAACCCGUAUGCCGACCCCAUGACCCACAACCUCAACCGCAUUCUCAUCGACAACGGCUACCAGCCACCCUGGAUUGUCACGCAACGCGACAUCAGAGAAGACAUCGCGCAGAUCCGAGAGAGACUGCUGCAGGGCCGGGCGCGUCUCGCCGACUCCAUGAACCCCAGGGAGCAUGCUCAGUGGCAGCAGCUGUGUGGGGUGGUGGCGGAUGACCUUAUGAAGCUCAAUAAAACGGUGGAUAACUUCAACCUGAUUGCGCCCAUGCUUACCAUGCAAAUGGUCCACUUCAGUUUGGAGCGUGAGAUCGACCGCGCAGAGAAAGCAGCCAUUCAAGGCAGACAGGAGAGGAAGAGGGAAAGAGUGAGGGAGUGGGAGGAGCAGAGAAGAGAAAGAGAAAGGGAGCGGGAGAAGAGAAAUCAACACUCUUGGCAAGGCGGCCUGCUGGCAUGGAUGCAGAAUUUACUAAAAUGAGCAAUGGGCCUUGAAGCAAAAUUAGAUAAAAAAGGAUAUUUCAAAUCAAACUUUUAUUUAUAAUUCAUUUACACAGGUGUCAACACACUUCGAGAGGAUAAGACGGAGGUGUUGAAUCAUUUGUCUUUUAUGUCAUUUGCAGUGUUUUUGCUACAUUGGGUUGAUUACAGUAGCAUGUUAUAACACACAGAAUAAUAGAACAAGCCACUACUACAACAUGGUUACUUGAUCUUACUGUAACUCAACUGUGCUUUACAAUAAUGCUACACCGUGUCAGUGUCUGGACCUCAGGACACAAUGGUAAUGGUAUCGGACUACAAUAAUCCAUUUAAUGAAAUAGUUUUUAUCUACGUUUAUAAGCUAAGCGAUUCUAAUUACAUUGAUUUGUUUCUUUGCUGAAUGAAGGAAUGAAAGCAUAGAGUACUCAAUGUUCGUUAUGAAUGAGCUGAGUUCAGAAACUGCUCUGAACUCAAAUAUGGGGAAACAGAAACCUCUGAAUAUUUUUUCGCACACUUCCAGUCAGAUGAAAAUCUCUUUAAAUAGAACGAAUGACCGAAUGCUAAGCUACGAUGAGUGGAAGUGUGCAGUGACUUUUUCCAGUUUUGCAUUUUGCCUCCCGCAACUUCACUAAUCGAUUAUGGGUGUGUGCGCUAGAUUCUGCCUAUGAUUGCAUUACAAUAAGAGGUACUGUAACUC